GUCUCUGAUGUGUGUCAAGCAGAACCGGAACAUCUUGCUUGCGGAGGCCAUGUGGUUAUUUGCUAUAAUUUGUUCACAGAUUUAUCGCAUUUCGGAGUUUUAGGUUUAGUUCCUUUUAGCGGAUACUCUUUGAACACUGUGACGAAGAAGGUACAUCCAGUACUACAGUUGUUUAAGUGGAAUAUAGCGUAGAAUUAAUUUAAUAAGUAAAACGAUGGCUGCACUAGCGCAAGACGAAGACAGUGACGAUACCAUGGAUGAAUUUAUGGAGAAGUUUAAAACACAGAAAUACAAAAAUGCGUUUAAUGAAAGCAACUGGGAGGAGGAGUUUGAUAAGGUACCCAUGUUUAUGAAGACAGCCCCAGAAAACAUAAACCCUGAGAAACAGCCUGAUCUCGCCUGCAUCCAGUCCAUUAUCCAUGAUGAUGACAGAACACCUGAAGAGAAAGCCAGAAGUCUAAAGGAUGAGGGGAAUGAGUACUUUAAGGAGAAGAAUUAUAAGAAAGCUAUAGUGUCGUACACAGAAGGAUUGAAAAAGAACUGCAUAGAUAUUGAACUCAAUGCAGUUUUGUACACCAACCGUGCAGCUGCACAUUUCCAUUUAGGAAAUAUGCGUUCGGCUUUGAAUGAUGCCACAGCUGCAAAGAAACUGAAGCCAGACCACAUUAAAGCUAUAAUCAGAGGUGCACAGUGCUCAAUGGCGCUGCGUAAUUAUGCAGGAGCAUUGCAGUGGUGUGAUGAAGGUCUCAAGCUUAGUCCCACUGACAAGAAACUACAGGAGCUGAGAGCCACUGCAGAUAAACAGAAGAGGCAAGCUGACAGAGAUGUCAGAAAGGCAAAAAUUAAAGCGAAGAAGGAGCAGAAUGAGAAAGAAGCAUUGUUAGCUGCCAUUAAGGAGCGUGGCAUUAAACUUCUGAAGACCAAGCCUUCUCGACACAGGUGUUCAAACAGUGAGGAUGAUGAUGGUGGUGAUGGUGAUGGAGGUGCAUCUAGAGCCCUGGCGGAUCUGGAGCUUGAAGGAAUCGGCUCUCAGGAGGCCACAGGAGCUCGUGUUUAUAUGGAUGAGCAGGGAGUCCUUUACUGGCCAGUGCUGUUCCUCUACCCUGAGCACAGCCAGACGGACUUCAUAUCUGCUUUCUGCGAAAACUCCAGCUUCAUGGACCAUUUGGCAGUUAUGUUUGGCGAAGAGCUUCCCCCCUGGGAUUCAGAAAGAAAAUAUCAUCCACAAAAUCUACAGCUGUUUUUUGAGGAUCCUGAAAAAGGAAACCUUUAUCAAGUUGAUCUUGAAAAGUCGCUUCUUAACGUUCUUCAGCACCAAAGGUGCUCAGUGAAGUCAGGGACACCUAGUUUCAUUGUGCUGGUAUCAGGCUCUCCAUUUUCACAGCAGUUUUUAUCAGGAAAAAAGGUCCAGAGGUUGAAAUGAUGUUCUGUUUGGACCUUAAAAGACUUUAAACGCCUUGGCUAUAAAUCACCCUACUGCUCACCCCAACCCUUGAGAAAACUCUCGAGAUUAAAGCAGAACUU